AGAAAAUUUCGGCUAUUUGGAACUGAGUCCGUAGUGUGUCAGAGACUCAUCUCCCUCCUGAAAAUUGGCUCCCUGUGUUCAUACUUCAUACCACACACACUACAAGUCUACAACUUAAUUACAAUUAAGCCUCGAUUCUAUAAUCAUGGACUUGUUAAAUUCUCCUCUGAAGCCAAGCUAUUAUAUCCAUUCCAAACUAUACAAUUAUAAUUAUAAUAGGAAAAGGUUUCUUGGUUUAUCUUUCCCUCUAUCAUCUUCUUGUACCCUGCUUAAACCCUACUUGCUAAAAUCAAAAACCCAUUUGGCUGCUAAAAAGACUGGGGUUCAUUCUCAAUUUGAUGCCAAGAUCAAUGGGGUGCUUUCAGGGGAUCCAGACCCUCGGUCUCUUGACAGGCAAAAAGCACUGGAAGCAGCAAUGAAUGACAUAAAUAGCUCAUUUGGAAAAGGAAGUGUUACAAGAUUAGGCAGUGCUGGUGGGGCUCUCGUUGAAACUUUUCCAAGUGGCUGUCUGACAUUGGACUUUGCUUUGGGCGGUGGACUUCCCAAGGGAAGAAUUGUUGAGAUAUAUGGACCAGAAAGUAGUGGUAAGACCACUUUGGCACUCCAUGCAAUUGCUGAAGUGCAGAGAUUAGGAGGCAAUGCUAUGCUUGUUGAUGCAGAGCAUGCCUUUGAUCCAACAUAUUCGAAAGGAGUAGGAGUAGAUGUAGAAAAUUUGAUUGUUUGUCAACCGGAUAAUGGGGAGAUGGCUCUUGAGAUUGCAGACCGUAUGUGUAGAUCUGGUGCUGUUGACCUCAUCUGUGUUGAUUCUGUCUCUGCACUUACUCCUCGAGCUGAGAUUGAAGGGGAGAUAGGAAUGCAGCAAAUGGGUUUGCAGGCACGUCUUAUGAGCCAAGCACUGCGUAAAAUGUCAGGAAAUGCCUCCAAAGCUGGAUGCACUCUUAUCUUUCUAAAUCAAAUAAGGCAUAAGAUUGGUGUAUAUUAUGGAAAUCCCGAAGUCACCAGUGGAGGUAUUGCUUUAAAGUUUUUUGCUUCAGUUCGCCUUGAGAUACGUCCAACAGGGAAGAUAAAGUCUGUCAAAGGGGAUGAAGAUGUUGGGGUUAAAGUUCGUGUAAGAGUUCAAAAGAGCAAGGUAUCGAGGCCAUACAAGCAAGCUGAGUUUGAAAUUAUAUUUGGAGAAGGAGUGAGCCAACUGGGAUGCAUAUUGGACUGUGCUGAAAUGAUGGAAGUUGUGCAAAAGAAGGGUUCUUGGUAUAGUUAUGCAGAUCAAAGGUUGGGACAAGGAAGAGAUAAAGCGUUGCAGCAUUUAAAAGAGAACCCUGUUCUUUCCGCUGAAAUAGAGAAGAUUGUUCGAUCUGCAAUGAUGGAGGGCACUGGCCAAAUAAGCUCCUUUAACACCAGGGCAUUACCACUGCAGCUUCAAGAAGAUGACAUGGCUGAAGAAUUUUAGUAACACCGACUUCAAAUAUCUAUUGGCAAGUUUGGCAGCAGUAUGAACCUAUAGUUCACUGAUUGUGUAUUUAGUGAUGAGUGUAUUCUGUGUUUCUCACUUCUUAGACGGAAACUGGAAUUACACUAAUUUUGUAUCUUAGAAUUGCUGCCGUGAAAUCAUAGAGUAAGGGAUGUUGUAUCGUUUGCGUUAGCAGAUAGCGACCAAGUCACUAAGAUUAGAAUUAUAUAGGGUUAGACUUUAGAGCCAUGAACGAAAUGAGUCGAGUUUUUUGUAAAUUAAUUUUGCUACAGAGAUGUGAUAUUUGGGUGAUCAAAGCUUGUCUACUUAUUGUAUCA